GUCACGUGGUCAACCCGGAAGUUUGGUCUGUGUGCUACAAAUGUAAACACGUUCCUGUCUAAAAAGUUACACUUUAGCUAACUCGGAAGUGUAGCUUUUUUUUUUUUUUUUUUUUAAACCCACAUAUUUGUUUCGGCCGCGUGUGCUUUCCUCUGUGCGAGCAGUCAUGGCCGAAGAUGUGUGCUGCUUGAAGACGCAGCUCAAGGAGAAAGAGAAAGAGAUUGCUGCUCUGAAGAGUAAACUGGCACAACUGGAAAAGUUCAUUUGUGAUGGAGAAUGCUGUAACUCUGUUUGGCUCUGAAGGUCAAGAUAUAUUUUGUGGACUGCAAACCUUCACCUGACUUUCCAUUGACAUGUGGAGCCAUGCCUCGGUGCUGCAGCUGCAUGACAAAGUGACACCCCUAACCCCCAUGAAAGCCAAAGCAGCCCUCAGCAAUGAGGACAUCAUGCGGUACAGCAGGCAGCUCCUCCUGCCUGAGCUGGGUGUACAAGGUCAGCUAAACUUAUCCAAGACAUCGGUGCUGAUUGUGGGCUGUGGAGGACUGGGCUGCCCACUGGCACAGUAUCUGGCAGCAGCAGGCAUUGGGCGCCUGGGCCUGCUGGACUACGACGAUGUGGAGCUCAGUAACCUGCACAGACAGGUGCUUCAUGGGGAGGAGAACCGGGGCCAAGCCAAGGCUCUGUCUGCUGCCAAUGCAGUUAAAAGGUUGAACUCAACAGUUGAGUGUAUUCCCUACCACCUGCAGCUCUCGCCGGAGAACGCCUUGCAACUCAUUCAACAGUAUGACAUUGUGGCUGAUUGUUCAGACAAUGUCCCCACUCGCUAUCUGGUGAAUGACGCCUGUGUGCUCAGUGGCAAGCCUCUGGUGUCAGCGAGCGCUCUGAGAAUGGAGGGGCAGUUGACUGUAUAUAACUACCGUGGAGGCCCCUGCUACAGAUGUCUGUACCCUGUGCCCCCACCCCAAGAGACAGUGACCAACUGUUCUGAUGGAGGGGUGUUGGGAGUCGUUCCAGGGAUAAUGGGCUGCUUCCAAGCUUUGGAAGUCCUCAAGAUCGCCUCUGGACAAGGCUCUUCCUGCGGCCAGCAGCUGGUGAUGUUUGAUGCCCAAGACACCAGAUUCAGGUCCAUCAAGUUGAGGCCCAAGCAGGCUGGUUGUGCAGUGUGCGGAGAAAACCCCAGUGUGACCCAGCUGGUGGACUAUGAGGCUUUCUGUGGGGCUGCCGCCACGGAUAAGUGCCGCAAACUCAACCUCCUUUCCAGAGAUCAGAGGAUCACAGUACAGGAUUAUAAAUCGAUCAUCGACAAUGCAGAGCCCCAUCUCUUGUUGGACGUGCGCCCUCUUGUGGAAGUGGAUAUAUGCUGCUUACCUUUCUCUCUCAACAUUCCCCUCUCAAGUUUAGAGGAGAGGAAGAGUGAACAGAUCCAGUUACUUCAGGAGAGGGUCAGCCAAUUGAAACAGCAGAUGGCAGGUGACUGCCGGCCUCCAGUGUACGUGAUCUGUAAGCUGGGUAAUGACUCACAGAGGGCGGUGCAGGUGAUGGAGAAGAUGAGUGGAUCAGAAGUGGACAGCAUCACACUGAAAGACAUCUGUGGAGGUCUGAUGGCCUGGGCAGAAAAAAUAGACCCCACGUUUCCACAGUAUUAAUGCAUUUUUUUAAAAAAAAUAUCUUCCUGUUAAUAAACUACAUUCUGUUUGACA